GCGCGGCCCGGAAGUGGAGCCGCCACCGGAGCGACCAUGGCCGAGACCGACCCCAAGAGCGUGCAGGACCUGACGGCCGUGGUGCAGACAUUGCUCCAGCAAAUGCAGGACAAGUUUCAAACCAUGUCUGACCAAAUCAUUGGAAGAAUUGAUGACAUGAGCUGCCGCAUCGAUGACCUGGAGAGGAACAUCGCCGACCUCAUGAUGCAGGCGGGCGUGGAGGAGCUCGAGGGAGAGAACAAGACCCCAGCUUCCAACAAGGGCUAAAGUUGCCAACAACUCAAGUCAUGGAAGAUGACUUUUUUUUCUACAAAUCCUUGGAAUUAAAGAAUGGCUUUUUGCAACUCCAGUGUGUGAAAGCAUUUUUAUAUUGUUACAGAGCUUGCAUUCCUAAUGUACAUUGUAUAGGUGGGGUAGGGUUAGUUUCUAUUUUGAUUUGUGUACUGUAAUUUCACUUUUUGAAUUCUUGUUAUGAGGAUCACUUGGUUGUGUUAUUAAAACACAGAUCUUAUGGAUCUCAACUCCUGGGUGUAUUUUCUUGUGGAGUCACUUUUUUCUCUUUCCUGUACUUUUCUAGAUGUUUCAUGUUUGAUAGCUCAGCAUUUAGUGGCUCCCACCAAAUGAGAAUCUUGCCUUGUCCUACGUGAGUUUGUGGAGUGAAGCACAAGAUUGAAACUUCAUUCAUUGCAUUAAUUGUAGCUCUGAGCAUCAGGCACUCACUAGUUGAGGAUUGUGUUGUUUUUCAUACAUGUAAUAAAGGUGAUUUUUGGAAACAAGAGACACUGAACAUCAAAAUCAUCUCUCCUACUCCUGGUGUGCUCCUGGAGCCUGAACCAGAAAUGCAGAUUGACCAUGAGACAUCAGAGCAGCCACUGCCACCCCAUGCUGGGACAGCUGGGCACACAAGGAGCUGUGAACAAUCUCUCUGUGGCACUGAAGGAUUUUCACUCUGCUUUGACACUCCUUUGGCAUUCCUUUGAUCCAUAACUGGAAUGGGACUGGGAUUGAUGCUGGACAGGGCAGGGAUGGCAGUGUGGGAAUCACUGCCUCCUUGGACACAAGUUUGCUAACAAGGCAGUGAUGCAUGAGGAACAAAAAAAAGAGAAUCCAGGUAGAUUUCUACAGCCUUGCUUUUCUUGGAAUAACUUCAAAAUACUUGAUUUAGAGAAGUGUUUGCUUUUCUAGUCACACCCACAUGGUUGGGCCUGGAGUCUGUAUUUAUUACAUUUUGGCCAUGGAAGGUGAGUUUGGGAGAGUCUGUACUGUGUCACUUGUGAAGAAAAAUGACCAAUGUCAGCUAUUCCUGACAAUCAUUGCAAUGCUCCUCCAGCUUCAAAUGCAAUUUUCAGCAAGCACUAGUGGCAGGCAGCAGUUGCAGGUGGACCACACUUAAACUGCUCCCUAAAUGCCACCAAAUUAGCACCUGAGUGCUGUGAAGGCAAUAUGACAGGUCAUUUUUCCAAAAAAAAAAAAUGGAAUAAAAGCUCAUAAUAACAGGGGAAUUUUGUGAACAUGAGAAAUGUAUGGAUACAUACUUGUAAUACCAGCCUUAGGUCCUUUGUAAUGUCAUUUCAAAAAAAUCUAAUAAAUGCUGUGUGGUAACAAACA